CAGGGACACAUUCUUUGCUAUGUUCUGUUAAAUAUUUUAAACUACUUUCUUCAAUCCCAGUUCAUUAUUACAGAGUUAACUAAGUAAGCAUUGCCAAUUUGUAGGUUAAUAAUUCCCGCCUAAAACACUGGCGUUUUCUACAUCAACGCUGGUUCAACCAAUGGCUUCAUAAGAUUCAAUGACAGAUGAGGUGUGUGUUUGGGGAAACCAUCAUUUUAUUUUAUUUUAUUUUUUUGUAUUAGUGAUAUAACAAAAUUAUCAAGUUAUGAUAUAGUCUAUUUCAUUCCAGGAAUUAGAUGUUUCCCCUCAAUAUUGGUGAAGGCCCUUGGGUCUUGGUUUGUUGUUCAGGAAACCCUAUUUUAUGACAUCCUUUACCCUUCUAGCACAAUUAGAUUUUUUGGCUUUGUUUACAUUAUUCAUUAUUCCAGAGAAUGUAAUCAAACAUGCACUGGUUAAAUAAAAUUGGCCACUUCCUUAGCUCUGUUUGAUGUUGGGCAUUCAAGCAGAAAACACAAAAGAAUGAUUAAUUUGAAUGAUAUAGAAGACCAGGAAAUGCUAUACUUCAAGAUGGAAAAUUAAAACGAUACAUAGCUUAUAUAAAUUCUUAACAUGAUUCAUUAUACAAACAUUGUAUGGCAAGAGCCGAGAGUUAAAGAGGAUAUUGAAACUUAAAAAUAAUAUGUCCAUGAGUAGCGAAGAUCAGUGGUGAAGUUAAAUGUGUGGCAUAGCUUGCCUUUCCUGGUAGUUGUUCCAGGGAAAUGGAUCAAGAAACUGGAAUGUUGUGGUCCUGCUUGUACCCCAAGAGCUCUGUGUGAAUCAUGGACGAGGACUUUGAUUUUGAGCGUCGCAGAGAGUUGCGGAGACAAAAGCGAGAAGAGAUGCAGCGGGAGGCAGAGAAGAUGAACUCUCACGAUGAUGAUGAGGAAGUGGCUCGGGAGCGCCGGAGACGAGCCCGUCAGGAACGCCUGCGCAAUGUGGAUAAUGAAGAGUCGAAUAACACUACAACAGAAACUAACAGCACAGAGACGUCCUCCUUGAUCACUAGUUCUGCACCAGCUGAGGAUGAUGAUCAGGCUCUCUUAGAGAGGAUCGCCAAAAGAGAAGAGCGGAGACAGAAAAGGAUGAAGGAAGCUUUGGAGAGACAGAAGGAAGUUGAUCCCACCAUCACGGAUGAAACCGUCACCACCACCACAGAUGACGAUCCAAGUGGUAGAAAUGGUGAACAAGAGUCCUCCCAAAGUGAUGUUUCUUCAACAGAGACCAACUCUUGGAAGGAAAGGGAAGAGAAAAAAGAGGAAGAAAAGACAGAGGAAAGCAGCGUUGAAGUUGAGGAGGCAAUCACAAAAAAGGAGGAUCCAGUGCCAGUCACAGCAGCAGAGGAACCCAAAGAAUCUCCUGAGAAGACUGAUGAACCAGAAGAGGAAGAUAGACCACAGAGGUCCCACCUCAGAGAACAGAAAUCCACAGAGGAGAACCCCAAAGAACCAGCUGCACUGAAUGAGGAAGAAACUAAUAUAGAGACUAAAGAACAAACAAAUGCAGAUUUAGCCAGUGCAGAUUUAGAAAAGAAAGAGGUGGAAGAUGAAAGUCAAAUAUCAGGAGAAGAACCAACAAAAGAGGACCAAAUAGUGGUGGAAGUCAUAGUGCAGCCAACUACACCACAGAUUGAAGAGGAAAAGCCGGUGGAGAAAGAAGAACAGGUAAAGAAACCUGAAGAAAAACCUGUUGUGGUGAAGGUUCAAAUUCAAGAUGAAGCUCCAGUGAAGAAGGAAGAUGAGAAACCUAUGAAGGAGCAAGAGAAAUCCCAUGUGCCUGUUGAAGAAACACCAAAAAAAUCAAUUAGGGAAGUUGAGUUGAAGGGCAAAACCCCAAAGAAAGAAGAGGAGAAACCACAGCUGAAGAGGGAGGUUGAAGUAAAACUAUCAGCACCAAAGAAGAAGGUUGAGGAGAAACCUGUGCCUCCAAAGAAAGAGGUUGAGGAAAAGCCUAAAUGGAAGAAAGGAGCUGAAGAAACGAAGGUCAAAGUAGAAGAAAAAGUCAGACCAAAGAAGGAGGAGGUUGUAGAGGAAAAACCAAAACCUUCCUUUUUACGUGACAAACUGAAAGUGUCAACAAAGCCCCAAGAUGUAGCUGACAGCACCGCCAAAGCCAAGAAACCAGAGAAGACACUAAGUCCCGCCAGCUUGCGUUCUCCUGACUCAGAAAAGCAAGAUCCCAUCACCAAGCUGGAGGCAGAACGCAAACUGCAGGAGCUGAAGCGCAGGCGGAACGAGACGGACAGCGAGGUGUUGGAGAAGAUGAAGCAGAAGCAGCAAACUGCUGAGGCCGAGCUCGAGGAGCUGAAGAAGAAGAGAGAGGAAAGGAGGAAGAUUCUGGAGGAGGAAGAGAAACAGAAGAAACAGCAGUUGGCAGAAAAGAAAGCCAAAGAGGAGGAAGAGAGGAGGAAGAUGAGGGAAGAGAUUGAGCGAAGGAGAGCCGAGGCAGCCGAGAAAAAAAAACAAAAGGAGGAGUCGAAAGAAGGGAGCAAAGCACCAUUCAUAGCCCCGAAGGGUGCCUCCGCAAAGAUUGGAGAGAAAGCUGAAUUUCUGAACAAAUCUGCUCUAAAAAGUCCGGUGAAGACGUCACACACUCCAUUAGUUUGCAAGAUUGGAAACAGACUAGAGCAAUACACUUCUGCUGUUCAGACCAAAGAAGUGACCAAAUCACCCAAAUCUCCUGUGGACGUACCUGUGGCUGAAGGCCUGCGGAGCAUCAAGAGUAUGUGGGAGAAGGGGAAUGUAGUCAAUCCCACCCCGAGUCCUGCAAGCCCCCCACCGGUCACCAAGGAAACAGCUGGUCUGAACAUCGGUGUGGCUGGUCGCAUUAACAGCUGGAAAACCAAGACUCCAGAGCCCAAGCCUGCUGAACCCAAACCAGCUCCUGAACCAGAAAAACCACCUGCCAAAACAGAGCAAAAGCCAGCUGAGAUCACUAAACCACGUGGCCCAUGGGAAACAAAGGGCUCCACAUCUGCCAAGGUGUUCGCGGCCAAGAGUAAAUUCGUCACAAAUGGAACAAGAAAAUAAAGACAUCCGACGGAUCCCAGAUCAGACAAAGUGGAAGAUACAUCCAUUCAAUGUGCAUGAUUUUGCAACUUCAAGACACAGGUCUUACAUUGGGAAUUAAGUGACAACUUAACAGUACAAAAUACACAUUUUGUAAGUUUAAAAAAGCCUUUAAACUAAAACAUUAAAAUUUAUUAAAAUUACCAUGAAUCGCACAAGCCAAAUAAUACAUAUCAAAGUAUUAAAGGGAUAGUUCACCCAAAAAUGAAAAUUCUGUCAUUAAUUACUCACCCUUGUGUUGUUCCAAACCCGUAAGAC